AUGGGCGACUUUAAUUCAGCUCUUCAUGGUGAUGAUUCGCUGUUUGGACCGUCUAGUCAAUUGAUUGGAAUGCGUGAGUUUUAUGAAUGCGUCCAAACCACAGAACUUAUUGAUGUAAAGGGGCAUGGUAUUCAUUACACUUGGAACCAGAAACCAAAAGAAGGGGUUGGCUUACUUAGGAAAAUUGAUCGGGUCAUGAGUAAUAUUAAAUGUCUAGAAUUAUUCCCUGAUGCUUAUGUUAUAUAUCACCCGUAUCGCGUCUCUGAUCAUACUCCGUGUAUAUUGAAGCUGCCUAAUAGUUCAAAAUCCUAUCAGCCGAAGCCUUUCAAGUUUGACAAUUUUAUUACCUCUAAACCUAAAUUCAAAGUUUGUGUAGAGGGAGAGUGGGCGAAAAGAAUUGAGGGCUAUGCUAUGUUCUCGGUCACUAGUAAGUUGAAAAAUCUGAAACCAGGGCUUCGAAAGAUUCUUUUUCAGCAAGGAAAUUUACAUAAUAAAGUUGUGGAGCUGUGA